AAAUGUAGAAGUAAAAAGUUCUUUGUGUCUUACUGGGGACACGUAUAAAUUUUGUACAUUUUUUAAAAUAAAUAUUAAGUUCUGGUGGGCUUUUUUAAACUUACAAUAUGGAAGACGAUUUGCCGACCGAUUUUCAGGUCAUCGUCGUGGGGACAGGAAUGGUAGAGUCCAUUGUGGCCGCAGCAUGUAGCAGAAUUGGGAAAGAUGUGUUACAUUUGGAUACAAGUGACCAUUAUGGUGGUCUAUGGGCUUCCUACAAUUUUGAUGGUCUCCAAAAGUUUAUAAAAGAAGUUAAGUCCGACCCAGCAAAACAGCCACAAGUCUAUAAUUUAACUGAGAAGUGGUAUAUUGAAAAGGAUUCAACGCAAGAUGAAGAGAAGAAAGAAGGAGAAGAAAAUAAGACUGAAGAGAGCAAAAAGAUUUGGAGUCAGUCUAGUUUUGCCUCGGAGUAUAGGAAGUUCAAUAUUGACAUGACACCAAAGCUGCUGUUCUCGCGGGGGCCGCUGGUGGAACUUCUGAUCUCGUCGAACAUCGCCCGCUACGCGGAGUUCCGGUGCGUGACGCGCGUGUUGACGUGGCUCAACGACAAGCUGACGCCGGUGCCGUGCUCGCGCGCCGACGUCUUCGCCACGGAGGCGGUCAGCAUCGUCGAGAAGCGCCAGCUCAUGAAGAUGCUGACGUCCAUCGUCGGGUACAACGAGGAAGAGAUGAACAAUGAGUUCAAAGACUGGAACGACAAGACGUUCACGGAGUACCUGACGCACAAGGGUCUGACGCCGAACCUGAUCCACUACGUGGUGUACGCCAUCGCCGGCGGCACCAGCAGGAUGCCGUGCUUGGAGGGCGUGAGGGAGUGCAAGAAGUUCCUCAUGAGCCUCGGCCGCUACGGCAACACGCCCUUCCUCUGGCCCAUGUACGGUAGCGGGGAACUGCCGCAGUGCUUCUGUCGACUGUGCGCGGUGUUCGGCGGCGUGUACUGCCUGAACCGGCCGAUCGAGAAGGUGGAGACGCGGACCACGGACGACGGCAAGACGCAGGUGGUGGUGGGCAGCAAGUCCAAGGCGCUCAACUGCGACCACCUGGUGAUCGGCAUUGACAGCUGCCCGGAGGAGCUGCUGUCCCCCGAGCCGGCGGAGGGGGCGGACAUCUCGAAGGCGGUGUUCGUCACCAACGGGCCGAUUCUGCCCAGCGAGAAGGAGCCGCUGUCCCUGGUGCGGUUCCCGCCCCUGGAGGAGGGGGGUAGCACCGUCACCGCGCUCGAGGUCGGCCCCGCUACCGGCUCCUGCCCCAAGGGAUUGUUCGUGGUGUACUUCGUGACGGACAAGGUGACGGACGCGGAGGCGGACCUCAAGCCCUUCGCCGAGCGCAUCUUCGACAUGACGGGCGACCAGACGCAGACAUCCGACAAACCCACGUGCCUGUGGUCGCUGUACUACAACGUGCGCGACACGUCCGCGCCGCGCGCCGCCGCCGCGCCCGGCGUGCACGUGUGCGCCGGCCCCGACGCCAAGCUCGACUUCGACGCCGCCGUGCUGCAGGCGGAGCAGAUCUUCAAGGAGAUCUGCGCGGGCGAGGAGUUCCUGCCGCGCGCGCCCGACCCAGAGGAGAUCGUGUUCGAGGACGACGUGACGCACGGCCCGCAGUUCACCGGCGACGACGCCGACAAGGAGUAGACUAGCCGCUGAGGUGGAUUCGCGACGUCAGCGGCUGUUGUCAGUGCUGCCGAUAACUGACGAGUACUGUUCAGGCUCACACUGGCGCGUGGUCGACGCGACGCGUGUUGUUUUUCGCCUACAGCAGUGUUCCGCAAAAGGUGUGCCGCGGCACACUGGUGUACCGUAGCCAUUUUUCCUACAUAUUCCUAGGCAACAUCCCAGGACGAUCGACGAAAGGAAUAAGAAUUGGAAACAGAUCACCCGUUCACGCUGAUUAAUUUGUGGUGUAGGCACCUCUAAAAAUUUACAUUUUUCUAGCUGUAGCUUAAACACAACAAGUUUGCGGAAUACUGGCCUACAGCGUAUUCAUCUCUAUAGUCUAUUGUUUAAGUACUCUGCUAUGAAAAUAUUGAAGCGCGCGUCGACGCGCUUUGACGCGCAUUUGCGCUUCCAUAUUUACAUAACGGAGUACUCAAAUAAUAAUAAAAUAAUAGAGAUGAAUAUCGCUUCGACUGCGCCAGUGCGAGUUGAGCCUAGAGCAGUCGAUGUUUCGUCGGUAGUUGAGUAUACUUCAGUCGGUAUUUCGUCAAAAGUCAGCACUGACGCGACAAUACUGUGUUGGCUUGAUAUCGAUUUACAGUAUGGCAGUACCCGGUCAGCAUUGACUGCAGUGGACUGAAGCCAGUCGCUGACUCAAUGUGAAUCUACCUUUACCCAUUAUGCGAUACGAUACAACGCCCAUAUAUCUCGCGCAUAGGCGCUCGUUCUAUAUCUAUAUUGUGUUAUAUAUCGCGCAUAAAGACAGAUGUUUUAUGUCAACACUGUCUUCAAUGUGUUUUAUCGGUACGAUAUCCGAUGUCGUAUCGCGUAAUGAAAGCCCGAGGAAUUCUCGCCUCCGCUGGCCAGCAGCGUUGACUAUAUCAACCAGCAAACUUAGCAUUAUAGAAAAAAUGCGGAAGAAUA